GCAGUACAGCGAACAUUUAGUCGAUGGUGGUAUGAUGUCCUGGAAAGCUGUCAGGAAGCUGUACAGUAUUGUAGCGCCGAUCUUAUUUGCUUAAUCCAUGCAGUUCGAGAAACUAUUCGUAGUGAUUCGGAUCUCUCUUAUCGCACAGUUGACACGCUUUCAGCACUUACUGUCGCUGAACAUGCUCUCUCCGGUGCAGUUUCACGGACGAGGUUGAUUGUUGCGGCCGUGGCACUGGAAAUGGCAUGCUACCAGGUAGGUGUUCCUGGUUAG